GCUGGUUGGCAUGGACACACGACAGGCAAAUGGAAAAUAAAAAUUCUAAAGAUUCCGCUUUCUUCCAGUCCAUAAUCAGGUCUUCUCUGUGGCUUUGCUGCUCCUGAUGGUACCAUGGUAACAGCUCAAAGCGCUGUCAGAUCUCUCCUCCCGCUUGUUUGCUGUGCUGUCCUCUGCUCCUCUAUAGGGCCUCCUGUGCUGUCUUCUUAUGCCAAGUCAGAAGACAAGCUGCUUAAACAUCUCUUCAGCAACUACCAGAAAUGGGUGAGACCAGUGGAGGAACUAAAUGGAACGGUGCAGGUGAAAUUUGGCCUGGCUAUCUCCCAGCUCGUGGAUGUGAAUGAGAAGAACCAGCUGAUGACGACCAAUGUUUGGAUUAAGCAGGAGUGGACAGACAUGAAGCUCCGAUGGAAUCCGGAUAAUUAUCUGGGCAUCACCUCCAUCAGAGUUCCCUCAGACUCCAUCUGGCUUCCUGACAUUGUGCUCUAUGACAAUGCAGAUGGUAAUUUCGAGGCCACAGUGACAAAAGCAGUGGUGAGAUAUGACGGCACUAUCUCCUGGACCCCUCCUGCCAGCUAUAAAUCUGCCUGCACCAUUGAUGUGACGUUCUUCCCCUUUGACCUUCAGAACUGCUCCAUGAAAUUUGGCUCCUGGACCUACGAUGGUUCCCAGGUGGACAUUCUCCUUGAGGAUGUACAUGUGGACAAACGUGACUAUUUUGACAAUGGUGAAUGGGAGAUUGUGACGGCCACGGGUAGCCGGGGUUCGAGAAGUGAUGGGACGUUUUUCUAUCCAUCCAUCACUUACUCCUUUAUUAUCCGACGUCUUCCUCUUUUCUACACACUCUUCCUCAUCAUCCCCUGUAUUGGACUGUCUUUCCUGACCGUGCUGGUGUUUUAUCUCCCAUCUAACGGAGGGGAGAAAAUCUCCCUCUGCACGUCUGUCCUCGUCUCUCUUACUGUCUUCCUUCUGGUGAUAGAAGAGAUCAUCCCUUCCUCCUCAAAGGUGAUUCCUCUCAUUGGAGAAUAUCUGGUCUUCACUAUGAUCUUCGUGACGCUUUCCAUUGUCAUCACUGUCUUUGCCAUUAACAUCCAUCAUCGCUCCUCAUCUACUCAUCACAGCAUGGCGCCCUGGGUCCGCCGUAUCUUUCUGCAUCACCUGCCUAAACUGCUCUGCAUGCGCAGCCAUGUGGACCGCUAUGCCACCACCGCUGCGAGGAGUGGAAAAGAAGGGCUGGGCUAUGGGAAGAGUUCGGGCCAGGAUACCACUCCUCUGCUCAAUGCAGAACAUAGUCUGCGGACAGCCUUAGACUCUAUACGCUACAUCACGCUUCAUGUGGUGAAAGAGAAUGAAGUCAGAGAGGUUGUUCAGGACUGGAAGUUUGUGGCCCAGGUUCUGGACCGUGUUUUCCUGUGGGUGUUUCUCUUAGUAUCACUGCUCGGCUCUGCUCUGCUUUUCAUUCCUGUUAUCUAUAAAUGGGCCAACAUCAUUGUUCCCAGCUAUGCUGGAAGUACCAGCUAAAACACAUGAAUGUAUAACAUUGAAAAAUCUUUAGCUUGGAUAAAGUUUUUGCAUUAUUAUUAUAUUUAUU